AUUUUAAUUUUCAACUUAGCAAUAGAGUGUAAAUAAAUAAAUAACACGUGUUAAAUUAUGUUCUCGUAAAUAUACCAAGUAUGUCAUUUUAUGCUAUUUAUUUUAACAGUGUUACGAAAAUUGUUGUUUUGGUUUUAGCUUUAAGUAGUACAUUUUUGAAUUUAGAAUGCAGACCUAACGACGUAAAAUUAAUCGGUGGAAGGAAUGUAGCUGGAAAUGAGGGCCUGUUCAUGGGCAGUCUGCAGCGAAGCUCCGACGGACAACAUGUGUGCGGCGCUGCGUUUUACUCGUCCUUCCGGCUCAUAACCGCAUGCAGUUGCAUUUACGAAGGUGCGAUAAGCACAGUGGCCAGAUAUACCAGUCGAAUUCCCUCAGAUUACCAAGUGACCGCCGGCAGUAGGUACAAUGUGAAAGUGGACAAUGAGUUCAUAGUGGUCAAAGUAGCCUCUUUGCAAGUUCAUCCGGGAUGCAACGUGGACGAGGACACGAACAUGUGGGUGAACGACAUCGGCGUCAUAGGACUCGAAGAGCAUCUGGAUCAGAGCAGCGCACUCAAAUUUAUUCAGUACUCUUCUUCCCAAGCCGACUACUAUGAAGACCUACUCCGAUUGACCGAAGACACGUCCUACUGGCUGAAAGGCGAUAAGCAAUGCUAUGUUUUUGGAUGGGGACACAGCACUUACGAUACAGUUGGCAAGGCAUUACCCAUCAGCCCAAAAUCGUAUCUUCAAACUCGAGCUUUGCAGUUCCUGGCUCCUGACGAGUGUCAACAACUGCUGUGUCAGGUCAGCGACGAAAGCUGCAGGUUCUUGCCGGAACAGAACAACGCGUUCUGUGCUCAAUCCGUCGAGCCAGGCGAAGGAGCUUUCUGCUACGGCGACAUGGGGUCUCCUUUCGUCUGCGAUGAUAUACUGUACGGCAUCGCGUCGUGGAAUUACGAAUGUGGCAUAACUCAUAAGGUUAACGUUAUUUUUAAACUCGACAUUCCGUUUAUGGAUGGGUUUAAAUCAUCAAGUCAGAAAUCCAACACCGCUACGUCUGCAUUGCUGAUUAUAUUGUUUCUAAGAAUAUAUUGAUAAAUUUUGAAAAUGUCGACAACGUAUUUUCUAUUUGAAAA